GAGGAACCUAGGAUAUCUCAAUUAUAAAAAAGAAAAGUGUGAGAAGGUGGGAAUGGUUAUGGAAUGCAGUUGGGGAAUGGGAAAUUGGGAAUGUAUGUUUUUAUUACUAAGUAGUAGUAUUUUUAUUUGUUUUUGAAGUGAAAAUUGGUUUUAGUAUGAAGAAGAAUUGAUACAAGGGUGCCAUUGUCCCCACUACCCAGAAAAUGUCACUUUUAUAGAUUCAUCAGAUCGGAUCCUGCGGCGAGUGGUAUUUGAGAUUGAUUUCUGGAAUGAUAGAAACUAUAUAGGUGAAUGGGGGCUCAGUCAGUGGGAUCUCAAGUUGGUGGUGUUAGUACUGUCCAAAUGCACAAGUCAGAGUCAUUGGCUCGCCAAGGCUCCUUGUACAGCCUCACCCUUGAUGAGGUUCAGACCCAGCUUGGUGAUUUGGGGAAGCCAUUAAGCAGCAUGAAUCUGGAUGAGCUUCUCAAGACUGUGUGGACUGCAGAAGCUACUCAGGCCCCUGAUAAUAGUAAUAAUGUCAUUUCUGGUUCAGCCUCGGGUCUGCAUAAGCAGGGAAGCUUAACACUUUCAAGGGAUCUGAGCAAGAAGACUGUUGAUGAGGUGUGGAAAGAUAUUCAGCAUAAGAACAACGAGUACAGUGAUCAAGAGAGGAAUAAGGUUCAGGAGAAAAAUCCUACUCUUGGUGAAAUAACCCUUGAGGAUUUUUUGGUGAAAGCUGGGGUAGUCACUGAAUCUUAUAAUAAUAAUAGUGAGAAAGGCAAUGCUGCUGCUGGUGUUUUAGGGGUUGAUUCAAUUGCUGCACCCCAACAUAGUCAUUGGAUGCAAAUGCAAUUUCAGCUCCCAUCAGUGCAGCAACAACAGCAGAAUAUGAUGGUUCUUAUGCAUCAUCCAGUUCCGGUUCAGGUUCAGCAGCAGCCUCUUCCGGUUAUGGAUGCACCAUUCUCGGAUACCCACAUGACAAUGUCUCCCACUUCUUUGAUUGGCACAUUAUCGGAUACUCAGACACCGGGGCGGAAAAGGGGGGCUACUGGGGAAGUGGUUGAGAGGACUGUUGAAAGGAGGCAGAAGAGAAUGAUUAAGAAUAGGGAAUCUGCAGCUCGGUCUAGAGCAAGAAAGCAGGCUUAUACACAUGAGCUGGAGAACAAAGUCUCACGUCUGGAAGAGGAGAACGAAAGGCUUAGAAAACAGAAGGAGGAGAAGGUCCUGCCAUCUGCACCACCUCCUGAGCCCAAGUAUCAGCUCCGCAGGACAAGUUCGGCCCCCAUUUGACAUCUACAUGUCAUAUAUAACCAUUGCGAUGAUACCUUCUGGUUUAUGUAGUUCUAAUUUUCAUCAGCUGACCUUAGUUCUCUUGUCUCCUCAACAAUUAGAAGACUAUGCUUGCUGUUCCCUUCAAACAUUGUCUUCUUGCUAGUGCUGUAGUUCAUGAGUCUUUUCAUUGUAUGUACAUUUUAUAGUUUCAAUUUGGAAUUUAUGCAGUACCGUAUAUUUUCUUAAAUUCUAGAUUGACAUCGUCUUUCAUCAAUA